AUUGAUUUUUCUUUGUCGCCGUCAAAGUUUCAAGACGCGAGUUUUGAUCAGCCAAAAUGUCAAGUGGACUUUGACUCUUAGCUUUUUUAGAGCUUCGUCUUCGUUGGCUCUUCAGUCGGCACAAUACGUUCAGAAGCCAUCUAGGGGUUCUCCGUAUCUGUUUCAGAGCAAUCGAUCGUGAAAAUGGCGUCCCAAGAUCACUUGGACAAAAUGAAGCUGCGCCAGAAUUAUCGCAAUAUGUGGCAUACUGAUCUUAUAGGCACCAUUAAGUCUAACACUCCUUAUUGCUGUUUUUCUUUGUGGUGUGGACCCUGUGUAUCAUAUUUGCUUCGAAAACGAGCUCUUUACAAUGAUAUGUCAAGGUAUACAUGCUGUGCUGGCUAUAUGCCGUGCAGUGGUCGAUGUGGAGAAAGUCGAUGCCCUGAAUUCUGCCUUGCUACUGAGGUUUUUCUUUGCUUUGGGAAUUCAGUGGCUUCAACUCGAUUUUUGUUGCAAGAUGAGUUCAACAUACAAACAACAAAGUGUGAUAACUGCAUUAUUGGUUUUAUGUUCUGUCUCCAACAACUUGCUUGCAUUUUCUCCAUAGUUGCCAUGAUUGUUGGAAGUGAUGAGAUACAGGAGGCUUCCCAGUUACUGUCUUGCUUGUCUGAUAUGGUCUACUGCUCGGUUUGUGCCUGUAUGCAGACUCAACACAAGAUUGAGAUGGACAAGAGAGACGGGAAGUUUGGUCCUGGACCGAUGACAGUUCCUCCACAGCAGCAAAUGUCACGACUUGAUCAGCCAUUCCCACCCAACGUUGCAUAUGGCCAACCGGCCCAACCCUAUCCACCACCUCAAGCAUAUGGCCAACCGGCCCAACCCUAUCCACCACCUCAAGCAUAUGGCCAUUUCUACCCACCACCUCAAGCAUCUGGCCAACCCCAUCCACAAUCGCAAGGUUAUCCUCCAGCUGGGUAUCAAUAAUGAGAUCUUCCGAGUGAAUCGUUUGUGGUUAAAACAUUUACAGAAUUGAGUUGGGUUUAUACCUUUAAUCCUUUGAAAAUGAGGAUGGACUGAACCAUGUGUUCUGAGUUGUUCUCUGUAGAUUCCUAUCCGCCUGCAUACAUCAUAGAUAAUUUGUGACUUAUUCAAAUGCUUGGCGUUGUCAAUUGUCAUUGUUAGUGAAUACGUUCGAGAUAUUGAUAACUGGUGAUGUUUGGCGUUGUCUAUUAUGGUUUUAUCUAUUUUAGAGACUUGUUUGGAUACUUGGAUCUCAUAAGAGUCGAACGUGUCCUUUGUUUAAGUUAAAAAUCACUACUUUGAUCAGUUGAUGAUUCAAAAAGGGAUUAUUGUAUUUGAAUAAAUGAGGAACGUUCAAGAAUAUAA